AUGGCAAGCGAUCAGAACACGGCAACAACAACAAAUCAAACAGUGAUAACCAGUAAUCCGUUACUGGUGACGAGUUCAGUGGUUACCACCAUGCCGAUUUCAUCUGUUAUAACCAGGUCUUUGGACCAGGAGUUUGAAGCAGAAGCACCACCGAGGUUUGCAAAUGUCUCAGUCACUCCCUCUGGGACGACAGCCGUGGACCCCCUUGCAUACACCUCAUGGCAGUUACGGCCGGUGGCUCCAACCACCACAACCGCCAUUGUUUCUACUCCAGCAUCGACAACAAGUGCACAGACUAUACGUCACAGCACCAUGCCCGUUAUCACAUCCGCGGGUCCAGGCAACAAUACGCAGAAGGUGAGCAUGACCCAAUAUUAUCAGCCGCCUAUUACGCACGCUAUGCCACCGCUGUAUACAGCAGCGUUGUCCACGCCACCCCAUCAACCAAUAAUCAGGCCUGCCGGAAUUAUGAAUGCUCCAGUCACACCUGUGAAUCAAGCUUACUUCCCGGGUUAUUACUAUGCACCUCCUUAUGGGUACCUACCCCCGUACAACAACCAGGCGUACUCUCUUCAGAUAACAGCGCAAAGUUAUGCCCAGUAG